CGAACUGCCAAAUUAAUCUAAUCGAAUCCAUGCGAAGUCAGUAUAUAAGCCGGACCGCGAGGACUAGCAAGCAUCAAACAAUCGAGUUCACUCACAGCAGCAACAAGAUGAAAUUCAUAGUCGCAGCUUUGGCCAUCCUGGCCGUGUCCAGCCCCAUCAAUGCCUACAAGCUUCCGCGAGUGGGUACUGGCGUUCUCGCCGACACCCUGCAGGACUUCAUGGACCUCAUCCCUGUAGACAAAAUCAUGUCGAUCGUCAUGCAAUACCUGGCUGAAGACAAGGAAUUCGGUACGCUGGUCACCUUCUUGAAAGGACCCGAAUUCAAAGCUCUGAUCCACGACGCUGAGUCUUUGCCCGAGGUCGUCGACCUCCUGAACUACGGACAGAAGAACGGUCUUGACGUCUACCAGAUCGUGAACAAGAUAAACAACUUCAUCGGCCUGCCAGCCCUGACGCCACCCAACACCUUCGGAACCAUGAAGAUCACCGGAGGAAUCCGCGGCUUCUUGGACGAUGUUGAAGCUCUGAUCCCUGUUGACAAGAUCAAGGAGCUCUACCACAAGAAGAUGGCCACCUCCAAGGUGUUCGUCGACUUCAUGGCGAAACUCAGGUCCCCGCAGGCACAGACGAUCGCCAACGCUAUCGCCGCCAACCCCAACCUGAAGGUCCUCCUCGUGAAGGCCAAGAAAGUCGGCGUCGACACCGGGGCUGUCAUCCAGUUCUUGGAGACGUUCCUUGGCAUCAAGAUCAACAUCACUAUGAGAAUCCAGCUGGCAGCCCUCACCGCUUUUCUCGCGCUCGCCUCGAGCUGCAGCGCGCUGCCUUCUUUCGGGGAGGGUCCGCUCUACGAUGACGUGAUGUACUUCACGAACAUGGUACCGCUGAAGAAGAUCACAACUAUCGCGGUGAAGUACGCCGCGGAGGACCGCGAGUUCCAAGAGCUGAUAAAGUACGUGAAAUCCAACGAUUUUAAGCAGAUGGUAGUGGAGGUCGAAGCCAUCCCAGAGUACCACGUCUUCGUGAAAUACAUGCAAGAUAACGGUGUCUACCUGGCUGACCUGACGAACAGGUUGAACAAACUGCUGGAAAUACCGGCCUUCGUUCCGAUGGACGUGUUCGCGACGAACGGUCUCAAGGGCUUCUACGACGAGAUCAAGGCUGAGGUAAACUACGACCUGUUCAUCCACGGCUACGUCUACAAAAUGAGGACUUCCGCGGCAUUCCGUGGUUUCGUCGCUCACCUGAAGUCCGGCAAUCACCAGAAGUUCAUCAACGCUCUGUACGCGAACCAGAAAUACUUGAACUUCCGCAACAUGAUCCAGAGCAAAGGCAUCGACGUCGCCCUGAUCGAGGAUGUCAUCUACACCGUACUGGGCAUCGAAUUCCCCAACCUUAAAUUCGUCGUAGCCGUCCCGUUCUCCAACCCUCAACUCGGCCAGGACGUCAGAGACUUCAUCGCUUUGUUGGACAUGAACAAGAUCAUGAAUAUCGUGGCGUCCUACUUGGACGACGACCAGGUUCGGACCGCCAUGACGUACAUGUACAGCGAUGAGUUCCACGCGCUCGUCCGCACUGUAGAAGCAAUGAAGGAGUACCAAGGGUUCGUCCUUUACCUCGAAGACGCUGGACUCGACAUGUUCGGCUUUCUGCAGCAGAUUCACCAGAUCUUCGGCAUGGAGGACUACGUCCCGCCCAAGCCUCAACUCUACUUCGGUGCCACCGUCUUCGUCAACAAGGGUGGGAUCAAGAAAUUGGUCAACGACGUGAUCGCUGUACUGCCCCUCGACAAGAUCAAGGCUCUCUACUACGAGAAAAUGGCCACCUCCGAGGCAUUCAGGAACUUCAUGGCGAAGGUCCGAUCCGACGACUUCAAACAUAUCGUGAACCUAAUGUACAACACGCCUAUCUUCCUCGAGAUGAGGGCCAAGAUCAUCGCCGCUGGAAUCGAUCUUGAACCGCUCAAGGAACUCGUCCAGAAGGUCAUCGGUUACGACCUCCCUAAUGUGCCCUACUACUACUUAUACUAACGACCCAAUCUGGAUUCUGUCUCGCGAUUUGAAUCCGGCGGCUGCUCCAUACCACUGUGAAAUUACUUUUUGAAAUUGCGUAGAGUAUUUAAUAAAUUUGCGGCGCAUAUAGUAGUCCUUUAUCUUAUUGUACCUGUAGUACCUGCUUGUCACUUGACAAGCCUAAUCGUUGAGAUCACAAUGGGCGAUGUUCGCCUUGCUGUAACUUUGUCAAAAAUGGAUGGAGGGAGAUCAAACUGGGCUCAUCUUGAAGGGUGAAGCCUCUGGUUUUAACAUCUUGCGUUGCUCUUUGUUAGAGGAUCAUUUUGUACUAAUAAAUGAGCGGCAAAGUCAAGAUGAUUUCUUUUCUUGAACAUUUUUUUUUUCUGUCGAUUCUCCAUGACAAAGAUUGCGGUGUUUUCAAGCUCAUUUUAUGGAAGAACGUAACAAUUAAUGUGAAGAUAGAAAACACGGUGUAAUUUUAUUUGUUGGCUUUAAUAAAUGAUUCUAAUACA